AUGAAACAGCGAAUAACCUACGUUGUGCACAAACCCGAAGAGUUCACUCCCGAGCAAAUCGAAAUCACACAAGAUGAACUCGGCCCACGCUUCGCCUUGAAGAAUGUUCAAGCUGCAAAGGAACACCGUAUCACACUCGGGCUAGACGAGCUGCCUAGCAAUAUUGGUAACAUCUUCCAACAGUGGCAUGAACUACAUGUGCGCUGGGCAUCUCCAAAACCUCAUGCAGGCAUUCCACCCUUCACAUCACGUGUCUCGCCUGGUCUACAUGUCUUCUUCACUCCACUGUCCAACACACCCGAAGAUGCCUUGUGCUCGCAACUCCACUGGCUCAUCCCGCCUGAAGUCUCCCGGGAUGACUUGAAGUGUUCAACAACAUCAUCGACCUCCACUAAGCUUCCUAUUCUCUCUGAGCGCUUCUCAAUGUCUGCUACCUCGCAGUUUUACGCCUACCUGGAUAACAUUGGCGCCUAUAAAGGCCCCUGGCAAAGUAUCAUGUGUGAGAAAGGGCCUUUGCAAGCUUAUUGCGAGAAACUUGUGAAUGCUUUCUCCACGGCGCGGUCUGUUGACAUUGACUACGACACUAUUUCCAGAUCAGUGGUCCUGACAGCUCUCUGGCCGGUUGCUGAAAAGGAGUCGUGGGAGAAGGAAAAGGGCUGGACUUCAACACAUAGAUUACCCUCAGCUUGGAUGAUCAAACACGGGGGAUUAUCUCCCAACGAAGUACCCACAGAAGACUCCACAGUCGAGAUCGGCGUCCUGAGUCACGAGGGUAAUGCAGACCCCGAGGACAUACAGUUUGGAGGCUUCCUCACCGUCCUAGGUCAAGACCAAAAGCCAACCCCUUCGUGCAAACUCCACGCCCACCUAACCCUCCCAUCCUACCUCUUCAUUGACAAAUACCAAUUCACAGACGCCCUCUUCCUCGCCUCCAAGAACAUAAAGUCGCUGCGCUCCCUCUCCGGCGCCACCGACCUUGAAGCCCCAGACUGGGUUGUCGAGGAAUGGGGCUCGGCCGCUCUGUUCCAACUUGCCGUGCCCAAGAAAUCGCAAGUCGCGAAAGCAGGAGGAGGAGGAGGAGGUCAGGGAACUUGGAAUAUUAGUAUCCCACUCCACCUUCGCUACUUACCUGCUUCACACACGGGAUACCGCACUGUGCCGGUGCCCUGGCCCGUUGUGUUUUGGGCGUGCCACGCUGAUUCGGGCGCGCAGCAUGCGUCGAAUCCGUUUGAUCGCACGCAUCUGGGGUAUGAGGGCUUGUUUGGGCCCAAGACGAGGUUCUUGCAUGUGGAUCCCAAGCCCGAUGUUGAUGCCAAGGGACAGGAACUUAUCAGGGAGAAGUUACUGGUUGGGGAUGAUUGGCUGGUGGAGUUUAUCAAGGUGCCGGUUUUGGCGACGGGGAGGAGUACGUGGGUUGAGGGGGGCACGGUGGGGAUUGUGCUGGUGGCGUUUGUGGGGUUGUGUUGGGUUUUGUUUGGGAGGAGGGGUGGGAGUGGGAGGAAUGUGGAGGGAGGGGAGAAGAAGGUGCAGUAA